GACUAUCUUUGCUUUCACACCCACCCCCCCUCCACUCCCCACCCCACCCCUUAACUUUUUUCUUUCAUUUUUCUCUGUUCUUUUGCACCUUAGUUGAUGGAUUAACCUUAAAGACUUCAACUUUACUAUAUAUGUAUUUGACUGUUCAAAAUGUUUGAUUGUGGUUCCAAGUCCCAAGAUCUGCAUGGGCAGCAAAAAAAGUUUGUGAGGUUGGAUUACUUGGACUGCGGACUAACGUCAGUGUCAGCAUCAGCAGUAAAUAAAUGUGGCUUCAUCAUGGAAGCUUUAAGACGCAAUGGCCAUGCAACUAGCAGCCCGUCAAGGUCUUUUAAGAGAGGAAUGAGAAAAGGAUCUGAAGGACUCAAGUCUAUUGGUCGAACACUCGGUUUUGGUGUCUCUAAGGCAGUAUUUCCUGAAGAUCUAAAAGUUUCAGAGAAGAAGAUUUUUGAUCCUCAAGAUAAAUUCCUUCUCUUGUGGAAUAAACUGUUUGUUAUAUCAUGCAUUCUGGCCGUGUCUGUGGAUCCACUGUUUUUCUACCUUCCAGUUUUCGAUAACACGUCAAAUUGCCUUCAGAUUGAUCGAAAGCUAGCUGUGAUUGCCACAACGCUUCGUACCGUUGUUGAUGCUUUUUAUCUUAUUCACAUGGCACUUCAGUUUCGUACAGCUUAUAUUGCACCAUCAUCUCGAGUUUUUGGAAGGGGUGAACUUGUGAUAGAUCCUGGACAGAUUGCUAAAAGAUACUUGCGAUCCUAUUUUAUCAUCGAUCUUCUUGCUGUGGUUCCCUUGCCUCAGAUUGUAGCUGGGAGAUUCCUGCAGAGAGCGACGGGUUCUGAUGUACUGGCUACCAAACAAGCUUUGCUCUAUAUCAUUUUGCUUCAGUAUAUCCCCAGAUUUGUCCGAGUUAUACCCUUAACUUCGGAAUUGAAAAGAACUACUGGUGUCUUCGCUGAAACUGCAUGGGCUGGUGCUGCAUCCUAUUUGCUGUUGUACAUGCUUGCUAGUCACAUAGUUGGCUCCUUUUGGUAUUUGCUUUCUGUAGAACGCUAUGAUACAUGCUGGGAAAGUGCUUGUAAACAUAAUACAACAUGCAAGACCGAUUUCUUGUACUGUGGCAAUCAAGACAUGACAGGGUAUAAUGCUUGGAGCAUUAUCAGCGAAUCAGUUUUAAAUGAAGCAUGCCCUUUUGGAGAUGAUGACAAUCCACCAUUUGAUUUUGGAAUUUUUAAGCAGGCUUUGUCAUCUGGCAUAGUUUUCUCGAUGAAGUUCGUGACCAAAUAUUGCUACUGUUUGUGGUGGGGACUCCAGAAUUUAAGUACCCUUGGACAGGGACUUCAAACUAGCACAUUUCCAGGGGAGUCUUUAUUCUCAAUUGCACUAGCAAUACUCGGGCUCAUUCUCUUUGCACUGUUGAUUGGUAACAUGCAGACAUACCUUCAGUCUCUUACUAUUCGACUUGAGGAGAUGAGAGUUAGAAGGCGCGACUCGGAACAGUGGAUGCAUCAUCGAUUGCUUCCACAAGAUCUCCGAGAACGGGUUAGGGGCUAUGAUCAGUACAAGUGGCAAGAAACACGUGGAGUGGAUGAAGAAAAUAUAGUUCAGAAUUUGCCCAAGGAUCUCAGGAGAGAUAUUAAGCGUCAUCUUUGUCUCGCUCUAGUGAAGAGGGUGCCUUUAUUUGCAAAUAUGGAGGAGAGAUUGCUCGACGCAAUUUGCGAGCGUCUAAAACCAUGUUUGUACAUCGAGAACACUUACCUUGUUCGAGAAGGAGAUCCAGUGGAUGAAAUGCUCUUUGUCAUACGUGGUCGCCUUGAGAGUGUGACAACCGAUGGUGGGAGAAGCGGUUUCUUCAACCGCAGUUUGUUAAAAGAAUCCGACUUUUGUGGAGAAGAACUUCUUACUUGGGCGCUAGACCCGAAAUCAGGUUCUAACCUCCCGUCUUCUACUCGUACGGUGAAAGCUCUAACGGAAGUAGAGGCUUUUGCUCUAAUCGCAGACGAGUUGAAAUUCGUCGCUAGUCAGUUCAGAAAGCUUCAUAGUCGACAAGUUCAACACACGUUCCGUUUCUACUCGCAACACUGGAGGACUUGGGCUGCUUGUUUUAUCCAAGCAGCAUGGAGGCGUUUCACGAAAAGGAAACUUAUGGAACUUCAAAGAAAAGAAGAAGAAAUAGCAGAAGCAUUGGCGGGGGCCAGUAGCAACUCGGGUGGAGCUUCUUUUAGUAUUGGCGCGACGUUCUUGGCAUCGAGAUUUGCAGCUAACGCUCUCCGAGGCGUUCACAGGAAUCGAAAUCUUAAGAGUGCUAGGGAGCUGAUGAAGCUGCAAAAGCCUCCAGAGCCUGAUUUUAGUGAAGAUACUGAGUGAAUUUUGUAUGCCUUUUGCUUGACUUGCUCAAUCUUUUGAGCUUUGCAAGGGCUUGAUGUAUAAUUCAUGUUUAGUCUUAUUGCUACAUACUUUUGUAGCUUUAAUUUUAAUACACUGAUUGUGUAAAUAAACUUUUUCGCUU